AUGACACCAAGUUUCAAUGGGCUGAGUUGGAACACAAAUGUCAUUAGUUUGCUACGACGAACCCCACAUCCUCAGGGAUUGCCAGGGGACUGGAAGAUUAACUGUUUGAUCGGGCUUCAUGGACUGCUCAAAAUACACUUGUGCUUCAAAAGAAAUACCAACCUAGAACCGGUCAAAACUGGAAGGAUACUUGCUCUUGCAAUUAUGCAUGGCUGUGAUUUGAUGAUUUCAGAUCUUAGGGUAGAAGAGUACAUAAUGAAAGGGUGGUGUUCCGUGACAGGACGGUGCGGUGUGAGGAGGAUUUUUGGGGAAGAUGAAGCUAGUCCUGGUGGAGUAAGGUCAGCGAAGUUUAUUGCAAGAAAGCACUGGAUUGUAACUGGAUCAGAUGACAAAUUCAUCCGUGUAUACAAUUAUGAAACAACGGAGUUGGUCAAAGAGUUUGAGGCACACGGAGAUUACAUUAGGAGUGUCUCUGUCCACCCUACCCUCUCAUGUGUGAUGUCAUCUUCUGAUGACAAGCUUAUAAAGUUGUGGGAUUGGGAGAAGGGAUGGGAGUGCACUCAGACCUUUGAAGGACAUUCUCAUUAUGUAAUGCAUGUCACGUUCAAUCCAAAAGAUACCAGCAUCUUUGCAAGUGCAUCGCUUGAUACCACCAUAAAGAUUUGGAGUCUUAGUUCUACCGCUCCUGUUGCUACACUAAAUGGCCAUUCUAAAGGCUUGAAUUGUGUCGAUUUCUUCAUGGGUGGUGACAAACUAUAUCUAUUAAGUGGUUCGGAUGAUCAUACUGUCAAGGUGUGGGACUAUGAAACAAAAAGCUGCGUCCAAACGUUAGAAGGUCAUACCCAUAAUGUCACUUCAUGCUGUGUCCAUCCACAACUUCCUAUCAUAAUUACUACUUCCGAGGAUAAUACUAUCCGUCUAUGGGAUGCAACAACUUACCGACUCGAGAACACAUUGGAUUAUGAUCUUCAGAGAGUUUGGGCAGUUGGAUGCAAGCAAGGGUCAUGCCAAGUUGCAUUUGGUUGUGACAAUGGAACCACCAUGCUCAAAGUAGCCCUUGCAGGCGUGACGCCAACACAGUGA